AUGUCUGCGAAAAGUGUAAAAGGCGAAGGCGGCAAGAAGCCCGCGAGUGCCGCUACCAACUUGAUUGCUGGAGGCGGUGCCGGAAUGAUGGAGGCGCUUGUGUGUCAUCCGCUCGACACGAUCAAAGUCCGAAUGCAGCUUUCAAGAAGAGGACGAACCCCAGGCCAGAAGUCGCGAGGCUUUUUACAGACCGGAAAGGACAUUGUGAAGCGGGAAACGUUCUUCGGUCUUUACAAAGGUCUGGGUGCCGUCCUGACGGGCAUUAUCCCCAAGAUGGCCAUCCGGUUCACUUCGUACGAGUGGUACAAGCAAUUGCUGGCGGACGAAAACGGCAUGGUGUCGUCCAGAGCGACUUUUCUAGCGGGAUUGGGUGCCGGUGUGACCGAAGCCGUGGCCGUCGUGACGCCCAUGGAGGUGGUCAAGAUUCGAAUGCAGGCCCAAUACCACAGUUUAUCCGACCCCCUCGACGUCCCUAAAUACCGAAGCGCCCCUCAUGCCCUGUUGACCGUGGUGCGAGAAGAAGGCAUUGGUGCCCUUUACCGUGGAGUGUCGUUGACCGCGUUGCGACAAGGCACGAAUCAGGCCGUCAACUUCACCGCGUAUUCGGAGUUCAAGGAGUUCUUGCAGAAGGCACAGCCGCAGUACGAGGGCAAGAAUCUGCCAGGUUACCAAACAACCAUCAUUGGGCUGAUUUCGGGCGCUAUGGGUCCUUUCUCCAAUGCACCCAUCGAUACCAUCAAGACUCGGUUACAGAAGACCCCCGCUGAGCCUGGCCAGACCGCAAUCUCGCGCAUCGUCGGCAUCUCAAGAGACAUGUUCAAGCAGGAGGGCGCCAGAGCUUUCUACAAGGGUAUCACUCCCCGUGUGAUGCGGGUGGCCCCCGGCCAGGCCGUCACUUUCACCGUGUAUGAGUUCUUGAAGAAGAAGCUGGAAGAUAGCAACUGGGCGAUCGUGGGCGGGACAUAUGAAGAAUAA